UAUAUUAUUUUUUUAUUAGCCCUACCAUACCAUCUCUAACGUCUCUCUUUAUAAAAUCUCCAUUUCUAUAUUUUCUUUAGCUCCAUCUUUACUAUUCCUCUAACACCAACUUCUCUCUCUCUGUUUCAUAUACAAAAUCAAAAGCUUAUGCUUCAAUGGCAACAGCAUCAGCAUAUAGAACACCAUUAUUAUCUGAAUCAAGCAGCAUAAUAAGCACAAGCAGCAGCAGUGAAUCAGAAGAAAGUCCAGCAACUUCACAAAGAUACAAUGAUUUCCAAUUACUAAAUCUCCAAAUCAAGAUUUCAAGAAUACCGAACAUCCCUUGUACAAAUUUCCACUCUUACAAAUCCUUAGCUGUUCUUUCAGGCCACGUCGGCACAGUUUCUUGUUUAGCUCUCUGCGGUGAAUUCAUCCUCAGUGCUUCUCAAGGUAAAGACAUAAUUGUUUGGCAACAGCCUGAUUUAAGACAAUUUACUAAAUUUGGAACUGGGGAUGGUUUUGUUAAAGCACUUGUUACUGUUGGUAAUAAAGUUUUUACAGCACAUCAAGAUAGUAGAAUUCGUGUGUGGAAAGUUUCAAGAAGAUCUGAGAAUGUUUUUAGGCUUAUUGAUACACUUCCCACUACAAAAGAUUAUCUUGGGAAAUUUAUGAAACAGAGUAAUUAUGUUCAAACUAGGAGACAUCACAAGAAAUUAUGGAUUGAACAUGCUGAUAGUAUUUCUUGUUUAGCUGUUUGUAAUGGGUAUAUUUAUUCUGGUUCUUGGGAUAAGAGUUUAAAAGUGUGGAGAAUUUCUGAUUUGAAGUGUUUAGAAUCAAUUAAAGCACAUGAUGAUGCUAUAAAUGGAUUGGUAUGUAGUAUUAAAAAUGGGGUUGUGUUUUCAGCAUCAGCAGAUGGAAAGAUUAAAGCUUGGGGUAAAGAAGGGAAAAGUUGUGGGGGUACACAUUCACUAAAGGGAAUCUUGGAGGGUCAUAAAGAUGUUUCUUUAAACUCUGUGGUGGUUUCUGAAGAUGGGAAUUUUGUAUAUGGAGGGGGGUCAGAUGGGUAUUUGAUGGGGUGGGUGGGUAACAAGAAUCUUGAUAGUUGGAAAUUAGUAUGUGAAGUGAAAGCACAUGGAAUGGCAGUAUUGUGUAUGUGUUUAAUGAAAGAGGAAUUGUUGUGUAGUGGAUCAGCUGAUAAGAGUAUUUGUAUAUGGAAAAGGGAAAUAAAUGGAGGGUUAUUUAGAGUUGGAGUUAUAAAAGGACAUGAAGGUCCAGUUAAGUGUUUACAAGCUUCACCAGUUAGUGUUGGUGGUGGAUUUAUGUUGUAUAGUGGAAGUCUUGAUAAAAGCCUUAGAGUUUGGUGGAUUCCAAAUUAUUCUGAUGACACAAAUUUGAUUCACAAAUAAAAUCCCAAAGUGAAUAUUUUGCACAAGUUUUGUUAUUUCUUAACACUGCUUUUUAAUUCACUUGUUCUUACAUCUUUUUAUUACAUACUUUAUACUUUGGAUUUGUAAGGGUUAAUUAGGAUUUCUUUUAAGCCUCAUUUUUUUCUUCUUGUUUUGAGUUUUUUACAGUUAGUGUUUGUGUGAACUGUCAAGUGCAGGAACAUGGAUGACAAUAUGUUUUUCUCUAUUCUUCUUGAAUGUAAUUAGGUCAAGAGAAUGAGAACAUUUGUUUUAUCUUCGAUAUUUUGUUAAUUUAA